AUGCCCAAAUCAAAGCGCGCCAAGGUCGUACAUCUCACCAAGACAGACAAGAAAGGCAAAGAGUUAUCGCUCAAGUUGUUUGCCAAUGUCCAGGAAGCCGCAGACAACUAUGGACACAUCUUCGUCUUCUCGGUAGAGAAUAUGCGCAACUCGUACUUGAAGGAAGUGCGCCAAGAGUUCGCGGACAGCCGAUUCUUCUUUGGCAAGACCAAAGUCAUGGCCAAGGCGCUCGGUCAGACGCCAGCAGAAGAGCACCUCACCAACCUCUCCAAGCUGACUGAAUACCUCACCGGCAAUGUCGGCCUACUCUUCACCAACCGUGCACCCUCUGAGAUCAUCGAAUACUUCGCCACAUACUCACAAACUGACUUUGCGCGUGCCGGGGUUGUCGCUACACAAACCUUCACAGUUCCGGCUGGUGUUGUAUACUCAAGAGGUGGAGAACUGCCAGAGGACGACGACGUGCCGCUGCCGCACAGCGUGGAGACUACGGUCAGAAAAUGGGGCAUGCCAACGCGACUUGUGCAGGGAAAGAUUGUCCUCGAUGCUCCCUAUACCGUCUGUGAGGAGGGCAAAGUCAUGAACAGCCAUCAGACUGCGCUGUUGAAGAUGUUUGGUGUGGCCAUGGCGGACUUCAAGAUUGACCUCAAGGCAUACUACACCACUGCGACUGAGUCGGUGACUGAAGUCGGUGCCAUGGAGGAGUAA